CAAAAUUGGUUUGUGUAUUUUUCCUGUUUGUUUACUUUAAAAUAGACAAACAAAAUCCUCAUAAGCGGCAGAUUUAUCUCCUUUAUUCUCAAUUUUGAAGGAUCACAAUUUUCUCAAAAUGUGUUUAGCUUUUUCGUCAUUAUUAUUUUAUUUUUCUGGCAAAAAAUAAUAUAAUGCACGUAUCCAAUCAAUGGUUUAAAAUCAAUCAAAACCACUUGACAUUUUAUUGGCAAAUUUGGAACAGCCAGGAGAGAGCUAUUAAAACUUCACAGUGUUUUACGAUUCAGCAAACUUCUGGGCUAAUUGUAAUGGCAUUGGCGCAAACAGAGAAGAUGAUACCAUUCCUGGUAAUCGCAGUACUUCUGGUGGAUAAAACGAACAAUUUAGCUCUUGUGUCGGCUGAUUCGCUGAUAGCUACUCGUCCUGCCUACUUGAGAUCACCCGUGCACAGCAGGGUGUCUGCACAGAUAGGCCACCCCCGUAGAUGGUCCUCAUUCGACACAGUAUUCGCCCGCAUUCCAGGAGAAGUUGACGAGGAAUGGAAAACGGAGUUGCAGAAACAGAAACAGCAGUCUCAAACAUACCGUAGACGAAACCCAAAUAUACCACGUGAACCCUAUCUACUUUCGGUUACCCGAAUGCCGAGUAUGGACUAUUUGGUUACGUGGACUUUAUCACGGGGACAAACCAUAUCGAGAUCUAAACAUUCUGACCAAUCAAACGACGCAGCAACUAGUGCUAGCCAAUCAGAAAAUGAUCUUAUGACAUCCAAUCAAUUUACGAUCGAAGGCAUUGAUUUUGGUUUAUCAUUCGAUUCAAUAUCAUAUUUCUCAGUUCACCUAAUUGAGCUAUCUUCUUUCACCGAUGUUACCAGUUAUGUCGGGGCCAAGUUCGUCUUUGAAGUUUUGCCUUCCACCUCUCCAGGUGAAAAUAACCAAACUCUGAUUUUAUCCAAUUUGAAAGCUUACGCAAAAUACGAGGUGUUUGUCACUACUACAAACAUUAAUGGUGAAAGUGGCAAAAGCAACUGCAUUGUUUUCUUCAACAGUCUGAAUCACUUUGACAACACUGCCACAAUCAAAGAAGCCAUUCUUAUUCUACUCUCUCUAUGCGGAUGGGCCAUCUUAGUCUACAUGUUUUUCCGACAGUGGGGGGCUAUCAAAAACUUGCAACCUCGAGAGACCCGCUACACUCCACCUCCCAAACCCCCGCCCCCUGAAGAUCAAAACUCGCAGCUUGAAGCAAAUCCCCCGGAACCCGACUUGACAAUAGUUUCUGUCGGCGUGAACGACAAUGUAACAAACGGUACGAGUACUCCGAGUCCGACUCCGGUUUUUGCGAGGAAGGAGAGUCGAGUGAAUAAAAUAGCGAAGUUCAGGCGUAUGCGAGACUACAGAAUUGGGUUACUGAAGCAUUCCAGUUUGAAGUCGCUUUCGUCCAGGGGAAACAGUCGGAACAAUCUGUCGUCCGUCGAUAUCAGAAGCAGUACAAAACAAUCUGACUUAUAAUUAGCAAUAACUUACACCUUCAAAUAUAGUCAAAAGUAUACCGCAAGUUUAAGCUCCUCGUUAUUUCCAUCAAGUUGAUCAUCCCAAAAAAGU